CAAUUUGUCUCUUUGGAACAAUAUUCAGCCUUUUAAGAGACUGAUUGAGGUUAGAAAGACGGUACAUCAACUUCAUCACAAGAAUUCCGUCGUGGUCAUUUGUCUGGUAUUCAUCACUGAGCAAGAUGAGAGCCUAUCGAGUCCGGCCAGCAGAGCAAAUGCCACAUUUUCGCAAAAUUUCGGAAGAAUUACUGAGGGUGAGAUAUUAAAGCCAACCGCAUGUUGGACUACAAUGCUAUGAAGACACAAAGCGGAAUUGAUGCGUAUUACUCUAAUCCUCUAGUCACAGGCACAAGUCACAGAUAAUCGGAAGAACGUAUAACGAACUAUUUCCUUAUUGCGUCAUUAACUGAAAGUAAACAGAUAUUCAGGAAGGAGUUAACCAGCCCUACUUCGAUAUGUAACUUCGCAUCACAAUAUGCUUAAAUUUUUGUUUGUUAUGAUAGUAUGUAAAGCUUACUCUUGUACAAGUUUGAGAGCACCUUCGAUUUUAUCAAUAGACGCGGAUGGAAAUAGUUAUUUCAAUGUAAUAAAUAACUGGCAUGGAAGUUCUUCAUUUCUGGCUGACCGAACAACUCAUCCUGAAUUGAUUGGUUCAUAUGUAUUUAACCUAGGAUUUGUAAAUGACGCAUCUCUAACCUUCAAUGAUGAUUUAUCUAAUCAAAUUAAAGGGGCACAAGUCAAUCGUGAUGCUGGAAUCAGAGCAAUGCAACUGCAACAUAAUUUUGAUUGGGAUAAUUUUUUCGAUUCACGAUCAUGAUGUAACUUCCACUAUUACUGUAGAAAAACAAUAUUUAUUUAAUUUUAAACAUUCAUUAUAUAAACGUUGUUCGUUCUCUAAAGCAAAAUGAAAUGUAAAACAAUCGGGCUUUUUGUAUUAUGGAUAUAUAUUGUAUUAUAUACGUAUUAGUCGAAAUAUCAAUUGAGAUUUAGCAAUGCAAAUCAAUCGACAAAGAUCAGUCACUUUUUUUCUCUCGAUGCUUUUCUAUAUUGGUGUAGCACAUUAAUAUCUCGAGCU